UCCCGCCCCCCCCGUGCGAGUGUUGUCCAAGAUGGCGGGCGCCCUCUCGGCGCCGCUGCCGCUGCGACUGCUGCUGCUCGUGGCGCUGCCAGCCGCGGGGUGGCUGACCACCAGCACGCCCGGGCCGCCGUCCACAGCCCCGCAGGAUGGUAUCAGAAUUAAUGUAACGACCAUGAAAGACAAUGGGGAAGUAUCUAAAGAACAGGUUGUUCUUAACAUAACGUAUGAGCGUGGACAGGUAUGUGUAAAUGGCUCACCUGUAAGUAGUGGUGUAACGCGAAUAAGCUGUUGGACAUUGAUAGUGAAGAGUGAAAAUCUGGAAAAUUUGGAGGAGAAAGAAUAUUUUGGAAGCGUCACUGUAAGGAUCUUAGUUCGUGAGUGGCCUCUGACAUCUGGUUCCAGUUCACAGCUAAUUGUCAUUCAAGAAGAGGUAGUAGAGAUUGAUGGAAGACAAGCUCAACAAAAGGAUGUUAUUGAAAUUGACAUUUUAGUGAAGAACCAGAGAAUACUCAGACAUUCAAACUAUUCCCUUCCCUUGGAAGAAAGCAUGCUUUAUUCUAUUUCCCGAGAGAGUGACAUCUUAUUUACCCUUCCCAACUUUUCCAAAAAAGUAGGGAGCACCAGUUCACUGCAGACCACUAGCCAUUACCUCACUGGGAAUGUGGAAACAACUGUGGAUGGGAAUGCUUUACCUGGCAAAUUGCCUGAGACUCCUCUGAGAGCAGAGCCUCCAUCUUCAUACAAGGUGAUGUGCCAGUGGGUGGAAAAGCUGCAGAGAGCACUGCGGGUUCUGGCCAGCGUGUUCCCGGUGAUGUUCAUGUUUCUGAAUGUCAUGGUGGUUGGAGUCCUGGGCGCAGCAGCAGUUAUAACUGUGCUAAAGGUGCUUUUCCCAGUAUAUGAGAACAAAGGAGUUCUUCAGGUGGAUAAAAUGAAUGCUGUGUACGUGGCACCUAUCAUCUUAUAUUCAGAUGACUCUGAGGAAACAGCAGAAAAACUUAAAGAUAAAACCUGUAUUUAAAACACCAUUUCCAAUUAUGGACACUCAAAAUCAGUCUGUUGUCUCCAGACUUGCCAUUUGAAUACCAUUUUAUUUAAAUUAAUCAGUUUAUGUAUAGAAAUUGCCGAAUUCCCAAGACUGUGUGAAAAUCAACCUUUACAGUGCCAAGUUAUAGCUCACCUUGUUCCACACCUGCGCCAGCUGCUCAGAAGGAACCAGCCAAAAUGAAACAAAAGGUGAGACAUAAUGCCAAGUGCCAGUCACUUCCAGGUGCCUUUGCUGCAGAAAUUGUAUCUAUUUGAUUACUAUUGUAAGAUUUUAUAAGAAGCACUUUAUGAAAUCCUAAUUUAAAAGCUGAAGAAUUUAAUUUUUUUCUACUCAGUACAAUGUGCCUUUAUAUCACAUACAUGACUCAGCAUAAAAAUCACUAAAGUGUAUCAUGACUUGUGCCUGUACCAAAACUGCUUAUCUUGAAUGCACCAGGAUUUAUAAUAGUGACAUGUUCUCACUCUAAAAUAAACCUUUUUUUUAAGAAAAAUAA